UCAUAAGCUAAAGCUACUUUGGUUCCUCGUUGCUCAUAUAGCUAGUCAUAUUCUACUAACACUACAUACACUACAACUCUCUCUCUAUAUAUAUAUAUCGAAGAUGAUGGUGAGGAGAAAUGUCGAUCCAUUGGUGGUGGGUAGGGUGAUCGGAGAUGUGGUGGACAUGUUUGUGCCCACCGUCGAUAUGGCGGUCUACUACGGCCCUAAGGCGAUCACGAGUGGCAGUGACGUCAAGCCCUCCAUGGUUGCUGACCGCCCUAGAGUCCAUAUCGGGGGUGAUUCCACCCAGUUCUAUACCUUGGUGAUGACGGAUCCAGAUGCCCCGAGUCCCAGUGAGCCAUGCAUGAGGGAGCUGGUACACUGGAUUGUGACUGACAUUCCGGGAAACACUCAUGAUAUUACAAAAGGGAAGGAGGCGGUGCCCUACAUGGGGCCAAAACCAACGGUGGGGAUUCACCGUUACAUAUUGGUGCUCUUCCAGCAGAAGAAGGUGCUCGGGGAGCUGCAGCCGCCGGUGACCUCCCGGAACAACUUCUGUACUCGCGCCUUUGCGCACCACCUGGAGCUGGACAGCCCCGUCGCCACCGUCUACUUCAACGCCCACAAAGAGCCGGCCGCCAGUCGCCGCCGCAACUGAAAUUAAACCACCAUCACUGCAUGCAUCUAUUUCUCUCUAUACAUGCGUGCGAUGCGCGUGCGGGUAAUAAUGUAUAAUAAGGUGGAAUACUUUGUGUGUGUUGUUAAGGAAAAAUGUUGUAUCUUGUGUUGUUGUUGUACAAAAAGAGUGAGAUGAUGAAUAAUAUGGGAAAUGUUUUGUUUUUACCUUA